AGCUUCCACACCCCUGAGAUCUGUGUGCUCAGCGCUAUGGCAGAAUAGGUUUAGCCCAGGCAGCUGUAACGCAAACAAACAUGGCUGCCGCUCAUGGUGCUGGUGACAGAUGGAUGGAGCCAAACAUGCAACCCAUCUUUGUUCAAAACAUAUCGCGGCUUCAUAUUCAUCAGACUGGAGACCUGGAGUUGAUGGCUGCUGCGCCACCUGCUCUUGUACAUGUUUUACAGCGGUAUCUGCCUUUGGGGGCAAAAGCAAACUUGGAUCGCAUUUUUAAGAUUCCAGGGGUAUGGGAGACUACUGUACGUGAACUUCGGUUAGAGGACGAUUGCUGUCCCAAAGAACCGGUGGAAUUUGUCUUCCGCCAUCUGCAGGGUUCCUUUCAGCAACUUAUGUGGCUGUUGAGGAGGGUUGGAGAGAGGGUGAAGAAAAUUGUUAAAUCAUCUGAAAUAGAGAUUAUGAUUGGUGAAGUUAGAAAAGCAAGGGUCCACGAAGUUGAAUGUGAAAAUCUGAGCAAACACUUGUCCUACAUAGCUGAUGAAGGAAUUGAUAUAAUGAGACUGUUAGAUUUUCUUUUUUCAAGUAGCAUCAUUAGUUAUUCAGACAUAGAGGAAAUUAAUUGCCAGCAAACAUCAUCAGACAAAUGCAGUCUAUUAUUACAUAAGGUAUUGGAAUGCCCAUUGGUUAAGGAUCCCGUGGGGCAUCUGCGGCAGUGGUUUGUUGACGAGAACCAGCUUGACCUCGCAUAUCUUCUUGCCGUGAAACCUGAGGAUGUACAGGAGUCAUACGAAACCAUGGAACCUUAUAAAUACCAAGGUGGAGAGCUGCAGUGGCAUAAUGUCAACCACUCACAGUCGAGACCCAACCAGCCGCAUUACCAGCAAGGCCAAUACCAACGGAAUAAACCCAUAAUUGCAUAUAUUGGAAACCAAGGUGCCACUGAUCCUCAGACCAUCGGAACAACGGAAAACCAAGUUCUAAACCAGACACAUAGGGGUUAUCCGUUAGAAACAGGAACACGAGAGAUUGCUUCUGAGGUUCUAACACAGCUCCCAGCUAAUACAGGCAAUAUUUUAUUCAAUGUUCAGCAUGUUUACCAUUACAGCAAAGAUAUGGAAGAGAAAGAUGUGGCAACAUCAUUUCAUAAACAUAUCCCUCCAAGUGUGAAAAAACGAUUGAAUGAGACUCUCUCUCAAUAUGAUGUAUGGAACCAAGUGAAGAAAAUGUAUGGCAUUUCAGAGGAAACCCCAUGUCCUUACGAUGUUUUGUCUAGUUUGUUGUCUCAGGUAGAGGAUUCUAUUGCAUCUUUCAUCAUUGUGCUGUUAAGGUUAAAGGAAGGCCACGCUGAGGGAGUACAAGUUUCAGAAAAUCUCAUUGAUGAAGUCAAGAAGGGACUUAUGAGUGAAAUGGAGUACAACAAAUUGAGAGAGAAAGUGGCUGUUUUUGCUGAGGAACUUUCCUUUUUCAUCGAAAGAAUUUUAGAUUUCCUGUAUCAGUUUAGUGUUAUACCAGAUGAGGAGACAACAAAGCUUAAAAAUGAUGCAAAGAGAAACCCACGUGAUGCUUGUAGAAAUUUGUUCAAAGUACUCCUUGCAACCAGUCCUAAAAAAGAACCAAUAAAACAUCUGAAAGCUGCAUUCAGGGAUUCUGGUCUCUGGUAUCUGGCGGAUGAACUAGAAGUUAGCUACCAGGAUGUAGAGGAUGAGUUACAGAGACAUGGAUUGGGAGGCUCUGGAAGCAGAUUGUCCUCACUGUCUGAAGUCGUCUAUUCAGCACCUUUAACUUCCACAAGUGGUCAGAAAUUAGGACGUCAGCAAAAGUCGAUGGUUACAUCUGGUAAGAAGCAAAAAUAUGAACAUAUUUUGUUUAAAAACUUUUUUGUUUUACAUGAUAUAUAUUCAUAUAGUCGUAAAGUGAAAGCUAAAAUACGAAAAAACGAAUAUAUUUGUACAUUGUCAGAAUGAAUGGGAAUAUCUAUGAAGCUUGUAAGCGCAUAUAACAACCAUCUCCAAAAAAAAAAAA